AAGGGCUUCAAACCAAGCGCUGGGAAAACUGAGGGACAUCGACUCACAGCAAGCAUGCUCCGUGCUGAUUGGCUCAUCUUAUUUGAAACCCUUACAAGAUCUGAUGCCAAUAUCAUGCUCCACUACUUCCCGAGGACCUGACUACCCUGUCAAAUCCCAACGAGUCAUUUCGAUACAUGUAAGGAGUCGGACCCGAUAAAGGCACACUAUUCCCAUCCAAUUAUUUUCGGGCAAGCUAGUUCGUAUGGGAUUGGCCGGACAUCGCAUCCGUGAAGUUCGCGCUACCAGUGUGGGAAGUGCUAUAUAAGAAAGGACAUCUUGGGAAAUUAGCUCAGACUUCUUGUGAUGUCCAGCGAAACAGAAAGCAGCCCGUUCGCCGCCCUUUACCGAGGCAACUUAAUUCCUUUGCAUGCUGUCCUCGUUGGCUUGACUUGGAUAGUACACGACUACUUUGUGACGCUGGAAGAUGAGAUACGUUAUAUCUGGCCACAGAAUCGAAACAUAGGAAAAAUUAUGUUCUUAUGGGUUCGGUACUACAGCAUAGCGCUACUCCUCUUCGACACUGUACAGAUUCAUGUCUUCUCUAUACCUGGAAUAACAUCCGAUAACCUAUGCGUAGCCAUGGACUCAAUCAUCCGGGUAGUCGGUGCAAUAAGCCUAUGGUCCGUCGAAAUUAUCAUGCAGCUGCGCGUCUAUGCCCUAUUCAAAUGCUCCAAAAAGGUCGCCGUAAUUAAUGCCGUGCUAUUUGCGGGUUCUAUUGCUGGAUUUUCAUGGAUUUUGAUUCAUAAUGCCGUUAGACGAAGAGCCGUAAUUGCUUAUGCGAUCCAUCUGCCUCUUCCGGGGUGUCCGGUCAUUCACACUGGGAUUGAAUGGGCUCAAUGGGUACCCGCAACCGCAUAUGAAGGCGUCCUUUUCGGUUUUGCGCUUUUUAAGACAUUAGAAUCAACGGCAGGCAGGAUUCAGAAGGGACGUCGUGUGUCCCUCUAUUCUCUUCUGCUUCGUGACAAUAUCUUGUACUUUUUUGCAAUAUCAUGUAUCUUGGUAUUUAACAAUCUUAUGGUUGUCGGUGUGACCAAGAUACCGUGGUUCAGUUACGGCCCUUUCCACGCCGCAGUAGGCGUUCUUACGACCCGCAUGCUUCUGAAUCUACAGAAGGCAGCUUCUCCCGACAUAAUCGCCUCUACUUUUGAGCGAAGCGGUAGCGGCAAUACCGAGAAAAGUUCUCGUCAAACCGACCUCCCCUGGCGAGCAGCUAGCGGGCCCACACGGCGCUCCGGAUCCAUAGACUCAUAUUCGACCGAGCAUUCUUCCCCAAAUACAUUCCCAAUGCGGGGUAUCAUUGAUUUAGAAGCCCCAGUAACGACGGCUUGAUUGUUUAACACAUCCCUACAUAACUAUUUAUUGUGAUCUUUGAACCUGUGUUCGACACAAUGUGUGUCGUUGAUAUGGAUAAGAAUCUAAGAAUCAUAGGAAGAUAUCGAGAG